CAGAAGAAAAUAGUGACGGAUUCUCCUUUUAUCUUCUUGCGUCUGGUUACUGUUAGUGGUCGGAAAUGGUUGGACGGUGAUGGAGAGUGCUUCCGAGAUUGGAGUGGAGAUACCGGACUUGGUGUGACUUAGCUGCUCUGGGCUGCGGCCGGUGUACAUAGUACUACUAGAACUACCGCUACCUUUGUUAUGGUAUGGCUUUAGGCGCUAACACAGCUGUCUUCCGGCACCUCCGCAUAGCAUUCAAUGCUUCUCUCAAAAAUUGCCCCUCUUCUUCCCCAAAUCUUCGUCAGACCCUUUUUAUCCACCGCAGGCAUCACUCCUCCAACGCCACCUGUAGAUUUCCACGCGUCAAAUUCUUCGCUGUGCCUGCAAAUGCCAAGACCGCCAUCACGGAGGAAACACCCCAGUCUCACUAUGUUCACCCCUCAACAUCCACCAGUUGGGCAGAAUUUGCGGAGAAGGUUUCCGGCGAAUGGGAUGGAUAUGGAGCAGACUUUAGCAAGGAUGGGGAACCCAUGGAAUUGCCCGAAUCAGUAGUCCCCCAAGCCUACAGGGACUGGGAGGUGAAGGUUUUCGACUGGCAAACUCAGUGCCCCACUCUGGCUCACCCAACUCAUUUUCAACUCACGUACAAGUUGAUCAGGCUACUUCCCACCGUUGGCUGCGAAGCUGAUGCUGCCACUACAUAUAGCCUUCUUGAGAGGAACAUUAAUCUUCUUCUUGCUAAUGCUGCCGCUGCCAGUCCGGCAGCCGCCACCGCCUUUGCUUAUCAAUCCAAUGGAUGUUACGUUGCUGUUUGGCCCAAGGAGAAUGGCGGAUCACUCGUGCAGCUGGAGUUGGAGCAUUGCCUGAUUCACCCUCGAGACAGGGAAUCCCGGGUGCGAAUAAUUCAGGCUGUCCGGAUAAAACAGCAACCACCGGCAGAAGAUGGUGACGACCAAGGAGAGCCGAUGAACAUGAUGCAAUUGGAGGGAAUCCAGGUAUUCUGCGAGCAGUGGUAUGGUCCCUUCAGAAAUGGGGAGCAGCUGGGUGGUUGUGCCAUACGAGACUCUGCAUUUGCUUCUACUCCUGCCUUGACCAGUUGUCAAGUCACAGGCGUAUGGCAAGGCCUCCCGGCAACUGCCACCUUCCAACCGGAGGAGGAGAGGGCGAAUUUCCGAGAACUUGUGGUGGAUGAUGAUGACAGUGUGCCUUUGUCGGUGUCGAGAGACGGCAGUAGCCUCAUUCUGCUACCAAAGCAACUCUGGUGUUCGUCAAAUCAAGAAGAGGAGCAAGGAGAGACUUGGUUCCAAGUUGGAUGGCUGUUGGACCGGGGACUCGCAAUCACCUCCAAAUGCUCCUUUUCGGCUGAUGCAAAGUUGAAGGAAGUUGUAAUAGCAUGCGAAACUGCCAAGGAGUUGAUGACAAACUGACAUCAGGACCUGCAACCUCUAAUUGGCACAGCGUCAAAGAAAAAAAGAAAAGCCCUCCGAAUUGAAGCAUCCGUCUUCAAUUAGACAUAAUAGGAAAAAUACAUUACGGUUCACUUGCGCCUUUGUUAUUCUUACCAUGCGCGCAGGGCAGAACUGGUUCAGCUUCUGGUACGGUCAUACUACAACAUCAUCCAGUGUCAACCAUCAGGUCUCCGUGUCGCGUAAACGGCAUUCCUUCUUGCCCGUCGCAGUAUAUUAUUCUUCUCCGUGUAAACAGCUUCUGGUACUUCUUCACUGUCUAUAUUAUUCUUGCACCCUAAAUAUAUUUUUCAAUUUAUUA